AUGAAGAAUACAAUUAUCCUGUUUACCCUCCUGUCAUCCUUCUUUGAGGGGACAUCCACUUACCCUAUGGACCCUCUCCCGUCCCUUCGAUUUGUGACAAUUGGUGAUUGGGGAGGCAUCCCCUUGCCGCCCUACUACACCAAGCAGGAAACACUGGUUGCAGAUGAGAUGGGUAAAAUUGUGGCCAAAUGGGGUGCGGAUUUCAUUCUUACUGUUGGAGACAAUUUCUACUAUGAUGGCGUCACAGAUGUAACGGAUUUCAGAUUUAAGGUGACAAAAAUUUGUACUCCUGGCAUGCACACACUCCAUCUCAAUAGACCUCAUAAGAUAGAUUUUUAUAAUUAUGUUUAAGACCAGUGGUGGAACUACUGCCAGGGGGCCAUCCGACAGCAAUGUGUCUUGAGGGGCCGGCUCUCUGACCUUUUAAUAGUGGGACUGGAACCUUCUGAUAAAGGCAACGCUGGGAGACAGCGAGAGCAGAUAAACACUGAGCUACACAGACGAGACAAAGCAGAGAGAAGGGUGCCGGAUUGGGAGAGCCAGCUCAUAAAGCAUAGCGUGACAGUGUAUAAGUGUGUACAUUAAGUAGAUUGCACUCACAAACAUGCAGCAAGCAAGAGCGCCUCAGAAAAUCUUCCACCGAACCCACUAAGGAGCCAGGGCCUGAUUUUACAUCCUCAGUGCACCAGAAACGAACCAAGUAUUAGAAUCUGGAUCAGUGGUAUAAAUUUAUUUAUUUACAAAUAAAAUACAAUUUCUUAUUUUAAAAUGGGGGAGGGGGGGAGAGGUGGAAGCAGGUGAGUGUGGAGAUCUAUCUAGGUAAUUCUGGACUGCCUAGGUAAUAUGUGCUGGGGAUGCAACUUGCCCCUGACACACAGUUGCCAAUAACUCAAUAUGUACAGUGUUUUAAACUGAAACCCUGCACAUACUGACUCCUACCACCAGGACCACUUCAAAUCACUAAAAUGGUCAUGGUGGUUGAAGUAACCCUUUAACCCCUUAAGGACACAUGACGUGUGACAUGUCAUGAUUCCCUUUUAUUCCAGAAGUUUGGUCCUUAAGGGGUUAAAAGAACACUAUUACUUAAAAUAUUUUCCUAAGUCCUUACAUAGCUACCUAGGCUGAUUUGACUUGUGCUAUCAAACUGAUCCUCUACUUUGCUGCCCAAUUAUUAGCAUGACCUUCCAUGUUUGUGUUCAGCAGUGUCUAAUUUGAUGCCUUUCACAGAAAAGAAUUGGACUGUAUAGAGCAUGCUGGUAUAUUUUGUUUGAAGUGUAAUAACAUGAUUAAACGGAUGCUCACAGCACUACUGUAAUCAUAAUGAGUCAAACCAUUUUAGAAUUCUUUGAUUUGUCAAAUGGGAUCCGUAAGGCACUACUCUGUCUCCUCUAUAGCCCAUUGAGAGUUUGAAACCCCUGUUCAGGAACUUGUUAGCUCUCCUGAGCUAAGCCUUGCCGUGCAGGUCCAGCUCAUUAUAUGGGCAAUGAGCUAAACCCUGCAAUGCCGAGCUGUAGUGGAGACAGAAAGCCGUGCCGGGUGGAACCGUGGGGGUGGGUUUACCAGGCAACCUGUAGCACCAUAACCACUACAGAGCACUGUAAGUUUUGAUAAUAUUAAGCACAUCUUUUUUUUCCACACAAGAUCUGCAUGUGAUUAAACUUCAUAACUUUUUCCCCAUUGCCAGCAAGGACAUGUAAGAUUUGUAAUUAUUUUUGAUUUAAAUUUUUUUUUUUUUUUUUUAAUGCAGAGUACAUAUGAGUCUGUUUUCAAUGCUGAUUCGCUCAAGAAUGUACCAUGGUACAUAACUGCAGGAAAUCACGAUCACAAUGGGAAUGUGUCCGCUCAGAUCGCGUACUCCAAGGUGUCCCCUCGCUGGUAA